CAGUUUCCGGUUUCUUCGUUGGAAGAAUGCGAAACAUUUAGCAAAUCAAUUUAUGUUAACUGGGAAUUAAGUCUCCAUCAAAGAAGUUUUCAAAAGUUGUCAUUGAUAUUCUUUCAAAUUAACGAAAAGGAAAUGAUAAUGUUAAUUUGAAUAGUUCUACAAACAUCACUCUGACAGUACCAAAUCUAACAUCCUCGCAGUUUUUAAUUAUUUUUUUUAUAAACCAAUACAAACAACGUAAAAUGUUUUGACAUGUGAACAGAUAGAAAUUUCAGUGACUAAUUAUCAUUUCAUUGAUGUUAUAUUUUCCAUGUGAGAAUUAAAACAAUUGUGGUACAUGAACAACAGUAUUUAUAGGUCAUAACUUAUAACUGUUAUAAGAUGGACGAUAGCAAAAGAUUUGCAUCUGUUGAAGAUGAAAGAGACUACUGGAGGAAAACUGCGGAAAAAUUUAAACAAGAUUUGGAAGAAACAAAAGAAGAAUUAGAAGAAUUUCAGAUCAGUAGCAGGGAGUUAGAGCUAGAGUUAGAAGCACAAUUGGAACAGCUAGAAACCAAAAACAAAGACAAUGAAAGUCAAAAAAAUAAAUUUAUGACAGAGAAUGAAGCUUUACGUGAGAAAUUAGGCCAUCAACAGUCAGGGAGUCAUAAAAGAAUUACAGAACUUGAAGAUGAAUUAGCUGAAACAACAGCUUUCAAAGAUGAACUACAAAAAUACAUACGAGAAUUAGAACAGACAAAUGAUGAUUUAGAAAGGGCCAAAAGGGCUACAGUUGUAUCGUUAGAAGAUUUCGAAGGGAGACUUAACCAGGCCCUAGAAGUCAAUGUUUUCCUACAAAGCGAAGUAGAAGAAAAAGAAUGUUUAGCAGAAACUGUACAAAGAUUAAAAGAUGAAACUAGAGAUUUGAAGCAAGAACUUGGUGUAAAGAAAGCAUUUGGUGGAGAGGUUGUGAAGAAUGAAUCUGAAGAUGGCACAGUUACCACGCCAACUGGGUCUAUAGACUCGAAUAAAUUAGUAGAUAGUGGCAUAAUAACAUCUCAGUCUUUUAAAACACCUCCAAUGAAAGGUCUUCCUCCAACAACCAAUGGUAGUACACCACUAACACCAUCAGCCAGAAUCUCAGCAUUAAAUAUAGUCGGGGAUUUGUUACGCAAAGUUGGAGCAUUAGAGACAAAAUUAGCUUCAUGUAGAAAUUUUGUAAAAGAUCCGCCAAGAGAAAAGAAGUCUGCAGGUCCAAACUCAAAUUCACCAAGGUCAGAUAAUUAUAUGCAUGGAACUAGAUCAAGCAGAGCUAAAAGAAUAAGCAGAGGAGGUUCCGUACCACCACAACAAGGAGCCAAGAUACCUGUAUGAUGACAUUCAUGUAAAAUGACAUUCACACAUCAGAUUUUAGGUUUAAUUUUUAUUCUGUGUAUGAUUUGGACUUGUGUUGAAUGUAUUUUCAGUUACAGUAACUGUUUGGUGUUUUAAAACUCAUUAUAUUUAUGUUGCAUUUUAAAAAAGUCAACACCAAACUGGAAACCUGUACAUAAUUUUAAAGUUGCUACUAAAACCAUGAAUUUCAUUCCUGAUCUCUGCUUCCCGGUUAAUGAAUGAUAUUAAGAUAAAUGUCUUCUUGCCAGAGUUUGAUUUUUUAAGCUUUAAAGUUAAAUACCUUGGACAUAUUUUCAAUUUUGUGAUAAUUAAAUACUUGAAUGUAUAAAAGUUAUAUCCUAACUUAAUAUUGCCUCAGUGAAAGAAUUUGAUCUAAAUUGAGAAAUGUGCAGUAUAUUGCUAAUACAGGAUAGUGCUAAUUUUAUUUUAUUCUUCUUGUGGGGCCAUAUAUUAUGUCAGUCUGAUCAGUCUGAUAUGAAUAAAUAUAUGUGCCAGUGAGAACCUUAUGGCAUUGUUCACUAACAUUUUGUCUCACUCAAACAAAUUGCUGAGGCCAGAGUAAGGUGUGCUGUUGGCUGCAUUGUCAACAAUGCAUGGGUUUAUGAUUUGGUCAGCUUAAGAAGUGGUAGGUCAAAAAUAUUUGGUAAUACUGUAAUGAUAGUAGGAUUGCACAUCUCAUAACAAUGGAGAUUAAUUGGCCUUGCCAUCUAAUUUAUGGUCCAUUGGCUUUGAAACUUUUGCAUAGUUAACAUUUGCAUUGUUAAAAUUUUGUUUAGGUCAAUUUAAAUGAAACCACUUUUGAGAAGUCAAUAAUAUUUUGUAUACAGAUGUAAAGAGCAUUCCUUUCUCAUUUCCACAGAGAUUAUUUGGUGUUGCAUCUUUGAUCAUUGUUCAUUGACCCUGAAUAAUUUGCAUAGGGCACAUAUUAAGGUACUGCCAUUUUGAUUUCAACAUUUGCAUUAUACAUUGUAUUAUCAAAAUAACAUACAGUAGAGGUAUAUCUAUGUGUCAACAGUUUAUUUUUAUCAGAAUGAUUUCUGGGAGUUUCCCCAUAGCAAAGCAUGGAAUUUGUAAAAUCUUUCAAAUGGGGGUAUAACAUUGAAAGUUCUGUUCACUUUUUUAUUUGGUUUGAGUUGAUGUAAAAACUGUUAAUUUUUUUCCAAUAAAGUAAAAGAUUUUUGUAUGCUAUUUAUCUAUCUUGCAUAUUUCAGGUACAUUUAUUUCUAAUUGUUUGUUAUUUAAUGGAAGAAUUACCCAUAUUUCCACCACAAAAUGGAAAAAAUGUAGUUAAUUGGGGAUAACACAUGUAUUAAACGUCCAGAAAUCACUACUUGUAUGUCAUGGAAAAAAGUUCUUAAUGACCUUCAAGAAACAGCUGGGGAUUAUCUUAUUGUUUUUGGCACUCUGAAGUUCAAAAAUGACUGUGAGGUUAACAAUAUAAAAUAAUUUAACCCAGAAAUUUGGUGUAGUGAUAAGUUUUCUGUUAAUAACUGCUGACUGUUAGAAUUAGUUUAGUAUAUAGGAUAAAACCAUAAUUGUGUUUUUUUUGUUAUUUUUGUUACACAAUGGAGACAGUUGCAAUAUUAUAAGAAAACUCUGCCUCAUGUUAAUUGUUAUACUCAGUUAUGUUUGUUUAUAUUUGUAUCAUUAGUUUGUUAUAUGGUAGAAUUAUAGUGAUGUUACUAGAAAGAACUAUUACAGAGCUGUCGAUUCAUAUCAGUUUUCAAUGUCUGAUUAUGAUUUGUAGUCUCAAUAAUGUUAAAGAUGGUACCAAACACCUGGACUAAAAUUAAUUAGGCUGCUUUAAUUUUCAAAGAAUUUUGACUAAAUAUUCACUUUGACCCUUUGACAAAAAAAAAAGAUUAAACAAAAUUGAAUCACACACUUUAUUGGAAAAUUCAUUUGAUAUAGAGCAGUUUGACUAACACUUAUUAUGAUCAUUGAGACGCUAAACAUUUCCUAACUAUAGAAUGAUAUUAAAACGUCGAACUGAUUUUUCAGAGUUAUCUCUCUGUAGUGUUAUGUACCACCGUAAAGAAAUUGGUGGUAAUGUAGUACAAAUGUAGUUGAAAAUCAGUAAGAACUUUAUAUUUAGAGAGUUAAAGAAUAUAAACGCUACAGGCUUAAAGAAUUUAGUCAUAAGGGAGAUAAUCAUAGGAAUUUUCUGAUGGAAAAAAACAACCUUUUAAUUCACAGUUUUUCUGUACAAUGUAGUAUGAGAUAUAGUUCUUAGGAUUAUUUCAUUGUUAAAUUCAGUGAAAUGAUUAAGAAAAAAAUUGAAAGUAAUGAAAGAUGAAAAAUUUACCGAUAUAAUGUGAAAUAACAAUAUAUAUAUAUAUGAUAGAUAUAGAUCAAUGAUAAUGUGAAUUAACAAUAAUGCGAUAAUUGGUUGUGAUCUCUGUAGCUUUCAUUUGUUUUAUAAUCAUGCCUUGCCAUGGUCCCUUCUCUUAUUGUGAUUGGGUGUUAGAAAGGAAGGAGUACAAUAGUUUUCUAUCUACAAUCUGGUGUCAAAUGUAUUACUGCAAAAUAUGAUAACGAUAUUUAUAUAUCAUGAAUAUCGGUUAUUUUGUGAAUUUUAGUUAUUAAAGUAUCUUAAGACUUAAUAAUUUGUGAUUUCAGUUCCAUAAAUAAAUAGAAUUUCAGAAAAUUUGAAUAUUUUUAAGGUUUAAAAUUAUUUAUGGUUUCAACUGAUCAUGAAACCAAUUUCAAAGCUAAAAGAUCUGUCGUUAUAACAAUAUUUACACAGAAGUUGAUUUAAGAAAAGGGAAAACCUCACAAAAUAUGAUGAUUGAUUUUAAUUUAUCAUCUGGAAUCUUAUAACAUAUAUAUAAGUAAAUUUUUAUCAGAUCACAUUUAUAAUAGACAUUGUACAUUGAUAAUUUAUUUGUAUAUACCUAUAUCAUUAUCAUGUAUUCAUCGUCACGGUUAGGGACAUUCAUUCAAUGUUUUAUUACAUAUGUUGAUAUUUAGGCUUGGUUUGUCUUCAUCUGUUAUUUUUUAGCCUUUGUUUUUUUUUCUUGUUUUUUGCUUGUCACAUUUAAAUGAAAUGACUUAACUGCUUGCUUCUUUUUAUUUUCAUAUUUUAUUAAUAGAAGACAAAAUAACUGCCAGCAUUAUUGUUUUCACUAUUGUAUAAACUGCAUAAAGAAUCGAAAGUUGCAUUAAGAUGUAAUAUUUAAUAUUUGCUAUUUAUCAGAUUAUAAAGUUAUGGUGUCAUAGAGAUGAAGUCAAAAAAGUUCAUCAGUAAUGUUUUAUUAAUAGUGAAUAUUUUGUUAAAAAGAACUUGAUCAUUGAAGAAACUCCCUUUACUCUAGUGUAUAAUGUGUUGUUGAAUUAACAAGUAAAAUGUAUUUUUCAAAAAAAUUGAAUAGGAUUUGUUUGAUGUUAUAUUUUGAUUGAUAAGUAUGUUGAAAACAUGUCAGCUGAAGGCAAAAUAUUUUUUAAGAAAUAUUGAAUCUUUAUUUUAGAUGCACAUUUUAGAAGCUUGGUAACACAAAAAUUGUCUCUAAAUUAACUCUGGAAAUAUUAACUUUGAAUGGUCUUCCUUUAAGAAUAAUUGGUGUGUAUAUGUGUGUGGAAGACAAAUGUAUUAAGAUUAUAAAAGAUGUGGGUUUUUCUCUCUCUUUAAAUUUUGUAAAAUCAACUUCUUUGCAAUGAAAUUAUUUAUUCUUUAUAGUUGUACAUUUCUUUAAAGGUAUUGUUUACUGUAAAUAUAAAAAUAUCGUUUCUCCUGAUUCUAUUAUUGAGAAAAUAAGUCUUUUUAUGUUAUCAGAAUAACAGUUUUGUAAAUUGAUUGAACAUGUUAAACAAAACUACAAAACAUGUAAGGUAAACAUAUUGCUUUUUCUCCUUAUGUUUCAUCCUUUGAAAACCUGCAAAUAAAAUUAUAGGUCUAUGAAUAGUAAUUCUAAGGUGCAGUUUUUCAAAAUUCAAAAUGAACUAAUUUCUUUUCAAUGUUUGGAAUUAUCUUGUUUUGAUGGAUCUCUACUUUAUACAUAAGACACAAAGUUUUUGCUUUCUUUAACCUGACAACAGAAGAAUUGAUUUAAGCGACAGCUUUUUUUUAAUUUUCAUAUUUCCUCAUAAAGUUUUUUUUCUCUUAAGUUUGGCUAUAAACAUAUACUAGUUCAAUUGAUAAUAUGUGAAGAACAGGGGUAAAUUUUUUUAAAGGAAUGUGAAUUUGAUGUUAACAACAAUCAUGAGUUUAUUUAUGAUUUUGAACACAGAAUUGAACUAUUCUUUCUUCUUUGUAUUGAUAUAUUUGUUUAAAUUUUGACAUGCAUAAAGGCACAAAAAUAAAACAUAAACAAUUUGUA